CGGGCCGGGCUGGCCAUGGCGCUGGCGGCGGGCGCGCGGGGCCGGGCCGGGCGGUGCGGGCGGUGCGGGCCGGGCGCGCUCCUCGCCUUCGCCGCGUGGACCGCGGGCUGGGUGCUGGCGGCCGCGCUGCUGCUCCGCGCGCACCCGGGCGUCCUUUCCGAGCGCUGCACGGACGAGAAGAGCCGGCGCAUCUUGGCCGCGCUGUGCCAGGACUACCGGGGCGGCUGGCUGGCGGGAGACCUGUGCCAGGACCUGUGUGAGGUGGGGACGCUGCGGUACCAGCGCUGCCUGUACUACGAGCGCGGCAAGAAGGUGCUGCAGGCCGAGUGGCGUGGCCGGCCCGUGGUCCUCAAGUCCGAGAGGGAGGCGUUCACCAGCUUCCCGCCCCUCAGCCUGCUGGAGGAGGGGCCCCAGGGCCGCCCGGGGGAGGCCGAGCUCCUUCUGAUGGUGGCCGGCGAGGUCAGGCACGCCCUGGGCCUGGAGCUGCCCAGCGGCAGCCUGGGGCCACUGUGGCCAGGCUGGCGGGGUGUGGGCUGGCGGCGGCAGGUGGCCAGCGCGUGGGCCCUGCUACAGCAGGAGGAGUACGUGUACCUGAGCCUGCUGCAGGGCCUGAGCCGCCACGUGCCGCCCGUGCUGGGCUCCUGCGGCCACUUCUACGCCGUGGAGCACCUGGCUGCAGGCAGCCCCCGGCACCAGGCGCUCUUCCCGCUGGAGCAGAAGCAGGCCCGGGCCCGGGCCCAAGCGGUCAGCCGCAUCGCACUCAGCUUCCUGGACAUGGUGGGCCAUUUUGACCACGACUUCUCCCACCGCCUGCACCUCUGUGACAUCAAGCCCGAGAACUUUGCCAUCAGGAGGGACCUCACGGUGGUGGCUAUAGAUGUGGACAUGGCCUUUUUUGAACCUAAAAUGAAGGAAAUCCUUGAACAAAAUUGCACUGGCGAUGAAGACUGUAAUUUCUUUGACUGUUUUUCAAAGUGUGAUCUGCAAGUGAACAAGUGUGGAGCACACCGGGUCAAUAGCAACCUACAAGUGAUCUGUGACAAGAUAUUUCGCCAUUGGUUCUCCACAACGCUCAGGGACUCUGCUGUGCCACUCCAGCGCCAGCUGCAGCUACGGGAGGCAGUGCGGGAAUGCGCAGGCCCCACGCGGAGCUCCGGGAGAGCAGCCCCCAGCGUGUUCUGGAAGCUUCGCCGGCUCCUCCAGGCCACGCUGAAGGAGCUGCAGGAGGCGGACAAGUAGUCACUUCCCGGCCUGACCGCCGGGGCAUUUUGUCUGCGGCUGUUCUUCAGAUGAGACAUUUCACUGUGGGACGACUGUCUCGGACCUCACAUGAGACAUUUCACCGUGGGACGGCUGUCUCAGAUCUUACAUGAGACAUUUCACCGUGGGACGGCUGUCUCAGAUCUCACAUGAGACAUUUCACCGUGGGGACGGCUGUCUCAGAUCUCGCCGCCGUCUCUGAAGUGUGAGCUCACCCAGUGCCUGGGCCGUGUGGUAGGACUUGCUGUGACGUGUGCACCGCCCUUGCUCUGUCCUAGCCUCGGCCCCCAGUAAAGCGGAGCCAGUGUGCUCUUGGCGGGCUCCCAGCAGGCACAGCCCCGAGGCGGUUACUCUGUGAGUCCUUGUCUGGCCUCCCUGGGCGAAGAGGUCUGGCUGCUCUUACCUAGAAACAGUUACGUUUACAAUGGUGUGUGCACACAGGGAGUGAGCUCAGGGGUGUCUGCUCGUCCAUGAGCGACAGAGUGUGUGUUCCACUGUGAGCCAUGCACGGGUCUUGCAUGGGUGUCACGUGAGUGUGCACACGCAAGAGCAGGUGCGUGGGAGCGUGCGUCUGAGAAUGCACGUGUGUGUGUUUUGCAAGGCUGUGAGUGUGCAUGUAGGCAGGUGGGUGUGGGCAUGUGUUUGGGGACAGGAGGUGGUUUUGCUAGUUUGUGUUCAGGCGAUAGCCUGCCUGGCUGGCAAAGGAGUUUCUUUUCUUUUGGAAUAAAAAGCAUCAAGAAGCAGAAAUCUGCGUCUUGAGGGAAGGUGACUUGCGUGGAGAGUGUGGAACGGCAGCCUCGAGUUUUCACUGUGGAGUCCACCUUUGCCACCCAUUGCAGAACCUGUUGCCUCUGAGCAGGGAGUUCUGGGUGGUGGUGUUUGGCUGAACGUGGAGUGCCCACAGGCAGGUGCACAGAGCAGCCUUCCCGGGGCCUGGUGAGGACUGACUCCCAGGCACCCAGGCAUGCUUUGGCGUGGCAGUGGCUGAGAGCCACAGGACACAGAUGGUACCGGUACCAGCACCCACGGGGGAAGAUACGUGUGCAGCCUGCUCCUUAAAGGGACCUCAUUCCACCCAUAUCUGGGCCCUGUGACUACUCUGUCAACUGGUCACCCCUCUUCAGAAGUGACAUGAUGGGAAAUUGAGAAAGGCGGUAGGAGAUGAUAAGGAAAUUGUGUUGGUGGUUUACCCAUUACAGAAGACAGCCAGAAUGAAAUCUUAAAAAACCACUGCUUGACAAGUUCCAUACGACUUCUCUUCUUACUCCCAGCCCCCAUCUAAUCCAGACACAGGGGACCUUCCUCCUCAGGUUCUUUGGGAUGAGUUUCUGUCUAUGCACCUGAGAGGUAACGCAUUGGGGAGCAGAGGGAGCGGGGUCCCCACCAGCCCUGACUGCUCGUCUGUUGUCCCCUGUCCCGGCCAUCCCACCCCUCGGCCAUCACCACUGGCAGUUCUCCCUGUGAUACUGAGGGUCGUGGAGGCUCUCCCUGAUCCUGUAUGUGAAGCGCUUCCCUGUGCUUGUAUGCUUUGGUGGGAAGGAAGAACCUGCGGCAGGCAGUGUUGGGGCAGAAGUAACUUAAAACCAAGGUCUGGUGCCAGGCCAAGGCUGGGCAGAGGGGGCUGUGGUCUGUGUGGAAGCCCUGUGCCGGCUUCCUGCAGGGCUGAGGGUCCCGGGGAACCCCACGCGGCCGCUGGGUGGGUUCUUUGACAUGAAAAUAUUAAUGAAAACAUGGGCAGGGGAGCAGUGGCCGCAGGGGCUUUGCUGGCUGUGUCCUCCAGAUGGUCACCAAGUGCGCUGUGGGCUCCAGCAGGUCCCUGGUGCGCUGACCCUGGGGCUGGGCCCUGCUCGAGGGGCUCCCAGCUCAGGGCUGGCAGCACAGCCAGCUCGGGGCAGGGAGGAAGUCAGUUCUCAUGGAACCAAAAUGGAAACCAAUGUUUUUGUUUACUGUGGAGACCCUGCGGUCUGUGGUUACCCAGUGCGGCGGUGGUGUCAUUGCCGAUGCGUCUCUGCCUUGUGUCUGCCUGCCAGUGGCACACUCGGCACACACCUCUCCCUCCCCUCCAGAGAACUCCUGCCAGUCACUCACUGCCUCUUAACACUGUUGGGCGUAAGGCUGAGCUUUCUUUAACUACUCACGUCCUCCCAAAAUGAUGCUUUAAUGUGACACAAUAAACAAGCACUGUGUGUAUCAGUAUUCAAUUUUUCAA